AUGCUGUUGAGCAAGAUCCCCAUGCUCCUUUUGAGUGCCUUAUGCGCGGCGUCAUACGUGUCUGCCGCAACCAAUGUGGAGCAAACCGACAAGAUCGGAGCCGCGGAAAGUUCCCUGAACAACUACAACGGAGGCAUCCCGGCCAUCCUCGGCGUUGCCCAAUUCCUCAUGAUUGCGCAAACCGCUGCUCGAACGGUCCGCGAAAAUCUUACCAAGGGAAACACCAUGACACCUGAGGAAGAAGCUCGCUACUCCGAGUCCUAUGAUCAUUAG